UGGGGGAAGUAGUUAAGCAGAAGGGAAGGGAGAACCUAACCUAUACAUACGUAUCGAUUAGCUCCGCCGUUGACGACAUGGCCAACACUUUCGAGGUCGCAGGAGUUCAUGAGCUGAGAAAGGUGGAGCUUAGCCGCCGCGAGAAGAUAGGACAGUUCCUAAUCAACGUGCGCAAAUUCGCUAUCGAGUCCGCGAUCACGGAGUCCCUUAAAGGGGUUAAUGGCAUGAAGAGAGUCUAUAAGAUUGUCCAGGAAAGAUUUAUGGAUCGAGCCCCUGCACUCCCGUCGAAUGGCCAAAAUAAAUGUGAAGACUUUGCAUUAGCUGAGGAAAUACGGGCUGAAAUGGAGGGAGCGCAAGAAAACAUGACUAACUUGAAGCAAGAAAACAUGACAUCAGCCAACUAUGUAGAUGAAUUGCAGGGUACGAAGAAGAUAUCAAAUGAAAGGUUCAAGGGAUCAGAUCUAUUAGAAACUGAGAGGAAAAGGGUUUUUAUUCGAUCCCGGCUGUGAAUUGGGUCAGCUUGUUGGCCUUGGCAUAUGUUUGGAAUUGAACCCUUUAAUGUGUGUAUUUUUUCUGUCAUGAUUGUUAUCCGCAAGCACAAAUAAUGUAAACCAUUGCUAAAUCUAAUGUCUCCGUGAUAUGAUUCUAAGUUUUUGUAUAUGUCAAUAUAGCUUGCAUAUAUUUUGAGUGA